AUGGAUGCUGAAAUUCAUGCAAUUGAGAAGAAUCAAACGUGGGAGUUAACAGACUUACCAGUAGAUAAAAGGUCAAUUGGAGUGAAGUGGGUGUACAAAACUAAGUACAAGCCCAGUGGAGAAAUUGAUCAUUUCAAAGUAAGGUUGGUAGCAAAAGGAUACAAGCAAAAGCUAGGCACCAAUGCGUGGUAUAAGAAAAUUGAUUCUUAUUUUGUGCAAAACAGUUUUCAGAGAUGCUCUUUUGAACAUACUCUGUAUAUCAAAUCUGUUGAGCCUAAUGAUAUUCUUAUUGUAUGCCUUUAUAUUGAUGAUCUAAUCUUUACUAAUAGCAAUCCAAAGAUAAUUGCAAAAUUCAGGGAGGUCAUGAUUAAAUGUUUUGAGAUGACAAAUUUGGGCCUAAUGUCAUAUUUUCUUGGCAUUGAGGUCGUUCAGCAGGAUGAUGAAAUUUUCAUUUUUCAAAAGAAAUAUGCUGUAGACAUUUUGAAGAAAUUCAAAAUGGAGAAUUCAAAGCCAAUCUCAACACCCGUUGAAGAAAAAUUGAAGCUGAAAAAGGAUAGUGAUGAAAGAAGAAUUGAUUCAACAUACUACAAGAACUUAAUUAGAAGUCUCAGGUAUCUGACUGCUACUAGACUAGAUAUUGUGUUUGGAGUAGGACUACUUAGCAGAUUCAUGGAGGAGCCACGUGCAUGUCAUUUACAAGGAGCAAAGAGAAUCCUUAGAUAUAUCAAAGAUACUUUGACUGAAGGAACUUUUUGUGCUAACAAUUUUAAUAUAAAGUUGGUUGGAUACACAGACAGUGACUGGGCAGGAGAUAUUGUAACAAGAAAAAGCACGUCAGGAUACACAUUUCAUCUAGGCACUGGAGCGGUAUCAUGGUCCUCGAAGAAGCAACCAAGAAUUGCACUAUCAAUAGCCGAUGCCGAGUAUAUAGCUGUAACAAGUUGUGCUACACAAGCAAUCUGGAUAAAAAGGAUGCUUAAAGCAAUGUAUCAAAAGCAAGACCCUCACAUAGUGAUUUUUUGUGAUAACAAGUCUGCAAUUGCACUUUCCAAAAAUCUAGCUUUUCAUGGUGGUCUAAGCACAUAA